CAUCAGCUGCCCACCUGUGCAUGGAGCCUCUUUGUUUGGUGAGUCUGGAGUUUGCUGUGAUGAAGGCCCAAAGCAGGCUGGACUACUUUUUCAUGAAAUGCAACACCAAGGAAAAUCCACCAAGAUUUUUUUUUUAACCUCGACAUCCAAGAAAAAGGCUUAAAGGUCAAGGUGACUGAAGUGGAGACUGACAUUACCGAGGCCAGCUAGGAGGCCCUUCCAUCUCCCCACCACCUCCUCCCCCUCCUUAGCUUCUAUCUCUCCUCCCUGCGUCCCAUCUCUCCACCACCACCAGCAUGGAUCUGAAGGAUCGUAGGCACCGCUCUCUGACCAGAGGUCGCUGCCCCAAAGACUCCCAGUACAACACCUCCUCCCUGGACACAGAUGAGUGUCGCGUGCCGACCCAGAAGUCCUACAGCUCCAGCGAGACGCUCAAGGCCUUCGACCACGAGCAGAGGCUGCACUAUGGCGGCUGUGUGACUGACCUGGUUCACCAUGAAGCGGAGGAGUAUUCGAGGCAAGAAUAACUGAGAUGGAUUUUCACGUCUGCCUCAACCCCCCACACCAAUCCAUCUCCCUUUGAG